AUGGCCGAACUCUGUAUCGGUCUUGUGCUGCUUAACGAUUCGGAUUAUGAUUCGAGUGACGAAUAUGCACGCGAGGAUGAGAAGGAGCGAAUUGAAAAUGAUAAACCCAGAAUUGGCACAGGACGCGUGAUUCCCACGAAGUUCAUCCCUCCCAACCCAGGACGCGAUACGCCGCAGAGGCUAUUCGCACCUGGCAUUUCAGCCAAGGAUAUACCACCUCCAUAUGAGUUCAUCCGUCGAGACGGCAACCGGACCCAAUUUCUCGUCUAUACAGAUGGUGCAUGUUUAUCCAAUGGUCAACCCAGGCCCAGGGCUGGCUGCUCCUUUAUCUUCAGACCGUCCUCCUCUGAAGUCAGGGGCAAUAUCAGUUUUCCUUCGGAGCUAGAAGGGCCUUCGGGCCAGCAGUACGCGCAAACGAGCAAUCGCGCAGGGUUACGUGCUGUUCUUGCAGCGCUACGAUUUCGAUGGUGA